AUGGACAGUGCUGGUGAUGAGAUUAUACAAGCUUUAGCGCGCGGAAACGGCAAACUGGCGCUGCAAUUGAGUGGGAAACUGUGUACUCGCUUUCCCAAGGCCAGCUAUCCUAAAAUAAUGGAACAAUACGUGCGUUUUCGCUCCAAUAGCAGCAAAUUCAAUGCAUACACGAUGCUAGAGCCGUUGCUGGAAAAAUGCAGCGUUCCUAGCGACCUGCGGUCGCUGGAACUGCUGCACAAGUUUCGGUUCGAGCUAGGCCAGCCGGAACGAGCGCUGGACGCCUACAAACUGGCGAUGCAGAAGUACCCCAGCCCAGAGCUGGGGUACACAUGGUUCGGUAAAGCCAUUGAAGACCUCAAUUUGCGUCAUAUGGUGCAGUCGUCGUUCCAGCUGCGACGCUGGUCACAGGACCCGCGCAUGGUGCAGUUCUGGAACGCGCUGUCAACAGUGGCCCUGUUGAAAAUGCAGUCGAACCAGUUGAACGCGAAAGAGAAGCAGCUGAAUGUCGCGCUGGCUUUCAAAACGCUUGAGGGCCUCAAACCGUUCCAAUCGGAUCAAGAAACGGUCGUCUUCUGUCACGUUUGCGAUAUGUGCGAAAAUAAGUCCCAGGUUAUUGUGGAUGAACUGCUGCCGGCAUUUCAGAAUAGUGGCUCCGAGAAGGAGUUUUCUGUCGACUUGUAUCUCAAAAAUUUCCUGUUGAAGCAUCUGGCUGCACUUGGCGACCAUGCGAAUUUGAUCGAAGUCUGCAAGUACCUGCUGACGCUGCUCGACGAUUUCGGACUCUUGAAGCAAUUGAUUGAUAGUGCAAAGAUAUGUGGCAGUCCUCGCGACGAAAUAGAGGCCGUGAUCGGCAUACGCGACUCACGAAACCAUCGUCUGGCACACCUGCAUUUGGACGCCGUGUACUCCAGUUCUAUUAGCGACAAAAGUCUGGAUUUCUAUCUCGAAAGAUUCCACGACAAACCGUGCUGUGUCCCUGACCUGACUCAUUACAAGGAGCAUCUGUCUAAAAAUGCUAUAGAAAAGGGCCUCGAUAAGUUCCCCAGCGGCCUUGUGCACGAUUGCAAUUUUGCCAAACUCACCGAAGUCCGCGACCCAGAGCACUUUAUUGCGCUGUUCACUAAAUACAAAUCGAGUCUCAAUGAAAAAGUCAAGACGGACUACUCGUCGUGCUCAUACUUUGUCUUGAAGAUUGUGGAGUCAAUGAUCAAUGACGAAAGUAUCACGCUGGAAAACGUGUUGACGAGUGUUGCAUUAUUGGAGCAAUACCAAAGUCUCGACCCUUACAACUUCGAUACCAGGGUCUGGCUGAUUGUUCUUUACAAUUACCUUGGGUGCCCUUCUGUCGCGUACAGCCACUAUACACAACUCAAAGUCAAAAACCUACAACUGGACACCGUAGACUUUCUCAUGACCACCAGACAUGCGUCGCUUUUUCCCACUAAGGAUCAUCCUUUUUACGAGCACUUGGGGGCCAGUGACAACGUUUACGACUCGGCAGACAGCCUGCCAAGAUUUAUUAUGAUUUCUUUCGAGCGCAAGAGCUAUAGCAAAGUGCUGGGCAUGCUGGAACUCUACGACAAGCUGUCGCGCUCUACAGGACGGUGGUCCAAGCGGGGCGAGCGAUUGCAGCAAGCGCGUUUGUUCAACGACAAACGCGGCAGCCUACUGAGGGACCUGCAGGAAUCUUGGAGGAUGCUGUGUCAGUAUAACUCCAACUUCGGAGUGUCCCUGGAAAAAGAUAUGCUUCCCGAAUUGAAUGACAAUCGCGAUUUCUCCGUGCUCGGGCCCAUGCAGCACACUUGCACGAAAGCCAUGGCAUAUUUACGCCAGGACUCGUCUGGUGUGUUGGCUGCAAGCUUGCGGGAAAUCUUGCUGGGAUCUUGCGCUCUGGGAGAACGUAAUUUGGCCAUUGAGCGGAUCAUACAACAGCACGGGACCGCUCUCACUGCACAAAUGACCUCUAGCGAAGCGUGGGUGUUCAAGGUAGUCCACCUCGCGUACGAGUCCCAGAUUGACGAAACCAAAACGGCGGAUCUGCUUGCCCACUUGGACGCGAAGCCGGACGUGCACACGUGCUUAUGGCGUCUGGCUCACGAUGUCCACACCCAGCUGGCGACGCUGAAAUCACUGGACCAGCUCAAACGAAUCAAGGAUCCUAGAUGCAGAGACUUUAUCAAGGCCCAGCUCCGUCAACUUCGCGAAAGGGCGCAAAUUGUGUUUCCAGACUAUAUUUCCACGAUUCGUGCCUCUCAAAUCGAUAGCACGCUUCUGCAGCGGCUGGGAUUGGCUUCUUACGAAACUGACGCUGUCAAUUCCAUCCAGGCUAUUUUCAAGGUCGCCAGGAACCUCUGA